AUGGCUGCUCGAUCACGUAUCGAUGAUAUUUCCAGUCCGUACUAUCUGCAUCCAUCUGAUGGUCCUGGUCUUGUUCUGGUGUCGUCGUUACUCCGGGAAGACAAUUACGCCGCUUGGAAUCGUGCGAUGAUGAUCUCGUUGACGGUCAAGAAUAAAUUGGGGUUUAUCGAUGGAUCGAUCACAAAACCUCCGGCUGAUGAAGCGCUUCUCCUUAAUGCUUGGGUUCGGAACAACAGCAUUGUUAUAUCUUGGAUCCUCAAUGCAAUUUCUCCGGAUAUACAGGCUAGUGUUAUGUAUUCUGAAUCUGCACAUGACAUAUGGAAUGAUUUGAAAAUUAGGUUUUCUCAAACCAAUGGUCCGCGAAUUUUUCAAUUACGCCGGGAAUUGGCUAAUUUGACUCAAGAUCAGCAGUCGGUAAAUGUCUAUUUUACUAAGCUCAAAGCAAUCUGGGAUGAGCUUGACAAUUUUCGGCCGACGUGCACAUGUGGUCGCUGCUCUUGUGGUGGUGUUGACAAAUUACAAGAUCAUCAUCAUAUCGAACAUGUUAUGUCUUUUCUCAUGGGGUUAAAUGACUCUUUAGCCUCUACUCGAGGACAAAUUCUGCUCAUGGAUCCACUUCCUCCAAUUAACAAAGUGUUUGCUCUUGUUUCUCAAGAAGAGCGGCAUAGGUCUGUUGCUGUGACUUCUUCUUCCGACGUUCAACAUUCUUUAGCCUUUGCUGCUCGUGGUAUCCAGACAAAUCAGUUUGUUCGAAGGCCUCAAAAUAAUCAGUUUUAUGGUACCACUUCUCAGAGGAAAGACAAGAUUUAUUGUACUCAUUGUCACAAGACUGGGCAUACUGUCGAGAAGUGCUACAGACUUCAUGGAUUUCCACCGGGAUAUCAGCCUCGGCAGAAACCUGGCAUGACUUCAAACCAAUCCAGUCAAACCAAAUUUGCAGUCAAUCAAGUUUCUGAUAUUGUUCAUUCAGAUGCUUCACUUAAUUCAGGGAGUCUUUCUCAAUCUCUUCCUUCUUCUGAUAAUUUUCUUGAUGCUAUGACUGCCUCUCAAUGUCAACAGUUGUUGUCAUAUGUUUCUUCUCACUUGGCAAAUAAGGCCAAUCAGCCACCCCAUGACAAGAAUUCAGAAAUUUUUGACACUUCUCACAUUUCUCGUGUGACAGGUAUUUGUUUAUUUAAUGCUUUGCAUACUCCUUCGUUUAUGCCUCAUCAUUGGAUCUUAGAUUCAGGGGCUUCUCGUCACAUUUGUCACAACAAAUCUCUGUUCUUAAAUAUGAAAUCAGUUUCUAAUGCUCGAGUUGUUUUACCUGAUUCUUCCAUGGUUCUAGUUAAUUGCAUUGGUGAUGUUCAGCUUACCACUCACUUGGUGCUACAUAAUGUUUUUUAUGUGCCAGAAUUUAAGUUCAAUCUGGUCUCUGUGAGUGCCUUACUACAUGGUAGCUCAUAUGUUGUUAUUUUUGAUGAGUUCUCUUUCUCUAUUCAGGACAGAUUGAUGACGCAGAUUGGCAAGGGUAACAAAGUUCAAGGAUUAUAUGUUUUAGAUCCUGUUUCUGCAUCUCCUAUUGAACAUGCUUUUUGUAAUAAAAUUUCUGCCACUGUGUGGCAUCAUCGACUUGGGCAUAUUCCUCAGCCUAAGCUCGCUUUUUUAGCCAAGAAAUUUUCUUUAUCAGUGGACAAAAUUUCUGAAUCUUCUUGUUGCUAUGUUUGUCCUUUAGCAAAACAAAAGAGGUUACACUUUUCAAAUAGUUCUUCUGUUUCCACUGCUAUGUUUGAUCUUAUACAUUGUGACAUAUGGGGACCUUUUAAAGUUCCUUCUUACUCUGGUUUUCACUAUUUUGUUACUUUAGUUGAUGAUUAUUCCAGGUUUACUUGGGUCCAUUUGCUCAAAACCAAGUCUGAAGUUAUCACCGUGGUUCCACGAUUUCUUAAAAUGGUUUUAAACCAGUUUGGUAAGUCUAUCAAAGUCUUCAGGUCAGAUAAUGCUUAUGAGCUUCAAUUUAAAUCAUUAUUUGAUGAACUUGGUGUCAUUCAUCAAUUUUCAUGUGUAUAUACACCUCAACAAAAUGCUAUUGUUGAGAGAAAACAUCAACACAUUCUUAAUGUUGCUAGGUCAUUGUUUUUUCAAUCUCACAUUCCUAUUACAUAUUGGAGUGAAUGCAUCCUUACUGCUGUUUUCUUGAUCAACAGAAUCCCUGCUCAUAAUCUCAAUGAUUUGUCUCCUUAUGAAUUAUUAUAUCCUGCCAAACCUUUUGAUUAUCACUCUCUCAAAUCUUUUGGUUGUCUUGUUUUUGCUACUGAUGUUUCUGGUCAUAAAUCUAAGUUUGAUCCUAGGGCCAAUGCUUGUGUUUUCUUGGGCUAUCCCUCUGGUAUUAAAGGUUACAAAUUGUUGGAUCUUGUAUCCCACAAAGUUUUCAUAUCCAGAGAUGUGAUCUUUCAUGAAAACAUUUAUCCUUUUACAAAUAAGUCCUCUUCUUCUGAAUUUAUUUCCACUGAUUUUUCCCCUCUCCCUCCUUCUGUCAUUCCUUCUUUUCAUCAUGACUCUAUUUCAGAGCCUUAUCCAUCUGUCUCUGUUUCAGUUCCACCCAUCUCUUCUCCGUCAAAUAUGCCAGUUGUUCAGCCAAUUGUUCCUCUUAGAAAAUCCUCUAGACAUAUAAAACCUCCUACCUACUUAUCUGACUUCAAAUGCAAUGCAGUUACCACUUCCACUCCUCUUUAUCCUAUCUCCAAAUUCACUGAUCUAUCUCAGCUUUCCCCUUCUUACCAAACUUUUAUUUUAAACAUAUCUGAUGAGGAUGAGCCUGCUACUUAUAAAUUGUCCGAGUUUCCUAAAAAGUAA